AUGUCGAAUUUGUACGGUGACUACAACCAGAAGAUCGAUUACGUGUUCAAGGUGGUGUUGAUCGGAGACUCGGCGGUGGGGAAGACGCAGCUCUUGGCGCGGUUCGCGAGGAACGAGUUCAGCAUGGAUUCGAAGGCCACGAUUGGUGUUGAGUUCCAAACGAAGACUCUCAUCAUCGAUAACAAAACCGUUAAGGCUCAAAUAUGGGACACCGCUGGCCAAGAAAGGAGGAGUACUUCAAAGUCCGUCCAACUCGGGGGGCAUCACCCUUUUUGGUUGGCUUUGGAGGGUGAGUGUCGUUUCGCCACCUAUUGGAACUUUGGUGUGGGUUUGUCUUACUUGACGAGGAUUACUUACGAGGGGAUUUCUUUCGAAAACAAAUAUAUUGCCGACGUUCUGUUGGCAAUAUUUGAGGACCGGCCACUGAAUACCCGGGAUAUUAUGGGUGAUCCCUCGGUGUAUCUUGAGAUGGCUGGUAGCAUGACUACUUUGGCAAUAUUGAAAGCUGUUAUGGUUCAAGAGUCGGGGAGCCCGGGGGAUAGGACUUCCCCGUCAAUUCCUCAGCCGACAUCUCAGCCUGAUUUGCAAAUGGUCUCUCAGAAAAUGGUUGGGACUGGGGCGGCUAGUGCUAAUGUUGAGGUCGUGGAGGUUCCCAUCCCUGAUCCUACGGAUAGGAAACGGAAGAAACUGGUCGAGGGGAGCAGCGAGAAUUUUUAG